AUGGGUGAUUUGUAUACAAGUUUAUUUCAAGGUUGCUGCUUCACUAAUAAUAACCCUUGGCUAGAUAAAGGGAGAAUAAUAGUUGAUUGGCAACCAAAUGUUUAUUCUGUAGACAUUGGUCUUUGCACAAGUCAACUUAUUCAUUGUACUGUUAUUCCAAAACAGAGAGUGGGGAAAUUUCAAGUUACUUGUGUGUAUGGCUUCAAUGAUGAAAAAAGAAGGGAAGAACUAUGGACUGAAUUGGAAGGCUUGGCCACUAACAUUGCAGAACCAUGGCUGGUGUGGGGUGAUUUUAAUGAGAUUCUCUUUGCUAAUGAGAGAAUUGGUAGAAGAGCUCAUGUUGUACCUUCUCAGAGAUUUAAGGAUUGUAUUUCACAAUGCAACCUUGAAGAUCUGAAAUAUUCUGGGGCCUUUCUCACAUGGAAUAACAAACAAAAGCCAGAGGAGAGAAUUUAUUCAAAAAUUGAUCGAGCCAUGAUCAAUCCUUGUUGGAUGAAUUUUUUCUCUAGCUCAGAAGCGGUUUUUUUGCCUGAAUUGUCAUUUGAUCACUCUCCCAUUCUGGUCUCUAUUUACAAGGAUUGCAACACAGGGAAGAAGCCAUUCAGGUAUUUUAAUAUGUGGAAGCUUGCUCCUCAAUUCGAAAAUCUGGUGGCAGAUUCUUGGCAUCCUGGAAUUAUGGGCUCGAGAAUGUAUCAAGUGGUCAGUAAGUUGAGGAGGUUGAAGGAUGUGUUAAGGAAGUUGAAUAAAGAGGGCUUUUCGGAAAUUCACAAGGAGGAUAUAGCAGCCAGGUUAGCCCUUGCAGAUAUACAAACAAGAUUAAACAAAGACCCGAUGAACAUGGAUUUGAUAGAAGAGGAACAUAGAGCUCAUCAACAUUACAUAGAGGUACAUAAAGCUUAUUCCCUUUUUAUCACUCAAAAAGCUAAGCUUAAUUGGGCUAAAUAUGGAGAUGAAAAUUCAGCAAUGUUUCAUGCUUCAUUGAAAGCUAGAAGAAUACAAAAUUAA